AUGACAUGCAGGAGCCACCUGCCAGGCGGCGUGAGGGAGUGCUUCAAAGUGCUACGCGGCCUGCUGGCCGAAAAUUACGAGCUGGGAGACCUGCCUGAUGACCCCUCGCCGCCCGCUGUCGAGGGCGCGCCAGGGGCGGAGGCGGCGACGCCCUCUGCUGCCGGGCCCUCGCCGGCAGCCGCAGCGCCGCCCCCCGCCCCCGGUCGCCUGGGCCUUGCCGGUAUGCUGGCCUAUCGCAGCCUGGUGGCGCGCCUGCUGCGCCUCCACGACCCGGGGGCGGCGGCCAAGGCCCUGGCGGCCGUCCUCACCGUCGCCACAACAGCCGCCCUCGCGGCCGCGCUGCGGCCGGCACAGGAGUGGUGCCUCGGCGGCGGCGGCGGCACCGGCGGCGGCAGCGGAGGUUUCCUGCGCCAUGCAGCGUGCUGGCCAGUGGAGAGGGGGCUGGUGCUGUUGCCAGAGAACGCUGGGCAGGUGGUCGCCGCGCUGGCGCUGGUGGCGCUGUCCGCUCGGCUGCUGGCGGCGAGCGCUGAGGUGGCAGAUAUAUGCCUCAGGGAGGCGUCACUGGCCGCGACCCGCCGCGCGACCGGGCGUGCGCGCGCCGUGGUCGCGGCCGCGGCCAGGGCCGACGCGGCGCGCGCCGCGUAUGAAGAGGCGGCGGCCGCGGCCGCGGCGGUCGCUUCAGCGAUCGAUUCGCGCGCGCUGCGGGUCGUGCGGCUGCCGCCCGGCAGCGGCGCGGGGCUGCGGCGGCUGGAGCGGGAGGCGAGAGAGGCACAGGAGGAGGCCCAGCGGCAGUCCACGUCCUUCUCCGCCGCUCAGACCGGGCCUCCCGGGGGCGCACCCGCUGGCGCACCACACCACCCGCAGCCCGCCCCCUCGCCCGCCGCCUCCGCGCCGCGGCCGACCGCAGGCGGGGCGGGGCUGCUGCCGUCGGCGCCGCCGCAGCAGGGCGGGGCGGGGCCGCUGGGUGCGGUGGUGGCGGGGCUCGAGCUGCUGCGCGGCACACCGAUAGGGGAGGAUUUGGCAGCUCUUUGGGACGGCCUGCUCAUCACCGGCCGCGGGGCGCUGCUGGGGCCGUGGGCGCCGCAGCCCGGCGGCGCGGCUGGCGGCGGGGAGGACGGCGCUGAUGUGGCGCUCUCCGAGGUGUUUGAGCACGAGCGGGUGCAGCCUUUUCGCGGGUGGGGCCACUCCUGGCCGGGCCACUUCCUGCCCAGCGACCGCGUUGGCCACUGGGGGGACCGCUGGGGACGGGCGGGGGGGCGGGACGGCAUGCGAUUUGAGGACGUCGUGCCGCGGCUGCCUGCCGGCUGGGAGUGGGCGGAGGACGAGUGGCACGUGGACAUGACCGGUGCUGAGGAGGACCGGGUGGAUGCUGAGGGCUGGAGCUACACAACAGACUUCAGGUCGUUCAUGCAUGCGGCGCCUGGUACCGCACUGGGCUAA